AUGACGACACGCGCAGCCGCUACAGAGCAACAGCCGCCGCAGCAGUCGGCGUCCAGCGCCGCGUCGACGGCUCUUGUGGUGAAACCCACUGCCGUUGACCGGUCGCUCGGCGCGCGGCAGUCGGACCUCGAGCUGCAUCUGCUGCAGACGUUCGCCGCCUUUGCCGGCCAUCGACUCGCGCAGUCGUAUCGUUGGCUCAAACACUCGUCGCGCGUGACGCGCUACGUGGCCAACGCAACGGAACGAGUGGUCGUGCGCGCGGGUCUGUUGACGCUCGCGCAGCUGCUGUUCCGACAGUAUGUGCGACUCGGCCAUCCCGUCGUGCAGCACGUGGACGACGCCAUGGGGAAGCGCGUGAUCGACGCGCUGGUCAGUGUCCUGAUGCUCACGGAGCCGCAGCAAACGCGGCACGACAGUGGGGCGGACGUCCUGACGCUGGAAGCUGCGGCUUCCAAGCGCGUCAGCGAUCACGAGAAGAGCUGUCACGACGACGACACCAGUGGCUUCGAGGAGCUCGUAACGGGCGUCAAGUUGACGUACGCAGAGCGGUUCCAAGCGCUACUGCGGGGCGAAGUGCCGCGAAUGGAGCAGGCGCUGGUGCAAGCACAUCGUCGAGCUCAAGUCCUUGUGCUGGAGAAAGAGGAGGAGGAGGAGGAAGCGCGUGCGCAAGCAGACAAAGCGGCCGCGCGGGAAGCUGAGCCGCCCAUUGUCAUGGAGCUCAAGGACUUUGUGCCGCUCGACGAGGUGGUCCGUCUCCAGGACGAGAGCAAGGGACAGCUGCAGGAAGCCGCGCUCGAGACGGCGCGGCUGCGUGCCCAGCUGACGGACCUCGUCCACGAGAAGCAGCGGCUCGAGCAGCGACUGACGGACGUGCACAACUACCAGGAGAGCGAGCGCGGGCGGCUUUUCCAGGACAUGGAGGAAGACCUCGCGCGCACCAAACUCGAAGCGAGUCAGAAGGCCCACGACCUCCGCGCCCUCGAACUCGUCGUGGAAGCGAUGCAGGAGCGCAAGCGCCUGAAGAAGCGAAAGAGCAGGAGCCGCAAGGCCACCACGAGCCAGUCGAACGCGUCCGAGGCCACGCUCCCGUCGCCCCAAUCCGAGCGAAAAGCUGCGACGCACCACCAGCAGCAGUAA